GAGCUACGUGGCGAUCGGACGCCAGCCAGGUGUCUGUUGGAUGUCGGAAUUCCCGGUGGAGGGAGGCGAGAACAUGCAUACUGCCAUGGAGAAUUUCCAGAAGAAGAACCUGGUGACUGGCAGGACGCAUCACGUCAGUCAUCAUCCGCAGGUCACCACCACGUCGUCGCAGAUGCUGACGACAAAUCAGAGCCAACAUCAGAGUAGUAGCAGCACCAGUACCAGUACUAGCAGUAGCAGCAGCAGCAGCAGCAGAGUGGCUAAAUCCUCGCAGAGGAUUCUCACCUCGUCUUCAUCGAGUGAGAUGAAGGCGAGCUCCAUGAAGAGCGAUCUGACAGAGCUCAAGCGCGGCAUCUCGGAGAUGAAGAACAUCUCAACCAACUUUUCACAACGGCUGCGCAGCAGCAUGGAGAAUCUCGUAGACAGAGAUGGCAGUGGAUCGGAAGAAACCGAUCUCACAGAGCCGCUGGUGACUUUUCCGGAUACGGAUACACCGCCACCUGUCAACGAUGCUGUCACGUUGGCAGGCGGUUCUCCGUCUCAAUUGAGUUCCCUAAACUCGCUGAACAAUCUCCAUCAUAGCAUGAGCCCACCGAUAAAUAUGCCAAGCAUGCCAAACCUACCUGCUGGUCAAGAAACUAUGAAGUUUGAACAGAAAAAAAUGACUAGCGCUUCAAAAACGAAGGUCGUCACGGAUGGAUUUAGCGCUGAAAAGGCGACGGCAAAUAGUGCGGAAAUGAGGGCUCUGCAAGCCGGUGAUGUCUCGUAUAAGGAGCAGAGCGCAGCAACGGCGGCGAGGGCGCGCGUCGAGCUUGACGGUGUCUCGGCGGAGAAGAGCGUCGCCGCUGCGAGGGAGCAGAGAAGCUUGAAGGCUGGCGAUCUCUCGCAUCAGGAGAGUAACAACAUAGCAGCAUCUACUAUGAAGCUUCAGAGCGAUUCUUUUACGUCCGAAAAGAAAGCGAUGGCGGCGCAACAGCAGCGGCAGACAGUUACCUCGACCGGCAUUUUCAAUCACGAAAAGCACAUGGCCUCGAGCUCACAAUCGAGCAUUACGAUCGCGUCCAAGUCGGGCGUGAGUUCAUCCAAAUCGAUGAUCAAUGCUACCAACGCGGUUAAUCAAAUGAUGAACGGCGAUUAUACAAUACAAUCACCGACCGCUGAGGAUCAGCUUUUAUCCUUACCGUUGGAUGAUUUGGAUCUGCUUUGCUCCAAAUCGAAUCCGCAGGAUGUGGACUGUGCUAUCGCCAAGUAUUGCAGCUUACUCGACGGCUUCGUGGAGCGAUUGAAGGCGAGCGUCGACGGUGGCAAGAGUAGCAGCAACGGCAGCAAAGCGCCACAACUGUUGAACAGGGUGAAUGAGAUCAUCCGAAAGGCUUGGGCAGUGCCUACACAUGGCCAUGAGCUGGGUUAUACCCUGUGCAACACCCUGAGGACGCGCGGCGGUCUCGAUCUACUCAUGUCAAAUUGCGUGGCGAAUGAUCACGAGUUGCAGUUCUCGUCGGCUCGAUUACUGGAGCAAUGCUUGACUACGGAGAACCGCGCUCACGUGGUGGAGAACGGCCUGGAGAAAGUGGUGAACGUGGCAUGUGUAUGCACGAAGAACGCCAAUUCGGUAGAUCACGCGCGCGUCGGCACAGGGAUACUCGAGCAUUUGUUCAAGCAUAGCGAAGGCACCUGUAGCGAUGUUAUCAGACUAGGUGGUUUGGACGCAGUGCUAUUUGAGUGUCGAAAAAAUGACGUGGAGACUCUGCGCCAUUGUGCAGGCGCGCUAGCGAACCUCUCGCUUUAUGGGGGUGCCGAAAACCAAGAAGCGAUGAUCAAGCGGAAAGUACCAAUGUGGUUGUUCCCGCUUGCUUUUCACAACGACGAUAACAUCAAGUAUUACGCCUGCCUGGCGAUCGCCGUGUUGGUCGCCAACAAGGAAAUCGAGGCGGCUGUCCUCAAGUCCGGCACCCUUGACCUUGUUGAACCUUUCGUCACGUCACACAAUCCCUACGAAUUCGCUAAAUCGAAUUUAGCGCAUGCACAUGGUCAGAGUAAGAACUGGCUGGAGAGACUUGUGCCGGUCCUGAGCUCAAAGCGGGAGGAGGCUCGCAAUCUAGCGGCCUUCCACUUCUGCAUGGAGGCAGGCAUCAAGAAGCAACAGGGCAAUACUGAUAUCUUCCGAACGAUUGGCGCGAUCGAGCCGUUGAAGAAAGUAGCUAGUUGUCCGAACGCGAUUGCGUCCAAGUACGCAGCACAAGCUUUAAGAUUAAUCGGUGAAGAAAUUCCACAUAAACUCAGCCAGCAAGUGCCUUUAUGGUCUACUGAGGACGUUCGAGAAUGGGUAAAGCAGAUCGGUUUCGCCGAAGUAGCUCUGAACUUCGUGGAAAGCCGAGUGGAUGGCGACUUGUUGUUACAAUUGACGGAGGAAAAUCUGCGCGAGGAUAUCGGCCUGACCAAUGGUAUCAUGCGUCGCAGAUUCGCCCGUGAGCUGCAAAACCUGAAGAAAAUGGCUGACUACAGCAGUCGCGACACCGGUAACCUGAAUAGCUUCCUUCAGUCGAUUGGCCAGGAGUUCUCCAUUUACACGUAUAGCAUGCUAAACGCCGGGGUAGACAAGGAUUCGAUACGAAAUCUCUCGGAGGAUCAAUUACUGGCGGAGUGCGGCAUCACUAACAGUAUCCAUCGGCUCAGGAUACUCGACUCCAUCAAGAAUAUGCAGCACAAUCAGUUCAGCUCGUGCGAGUACGAAUCGCCUGACAAGUGCCUUGAUGUCUUUGUUAGUUAUCGCAGAUCGAAUGGCUCACAAUUGGCGAGUUUGUUGAAGGUACAUCUACAGUUGCGGGGCUUUACGGUGUUUAUCGACGUUGAGAGACUUGAGGCCGGCAAGUUUGAUAAUAACUUGCUACAGAGUAUCAGACAGGCCAAACAUUUCCUUCUCGUACUUACACCCCAGGCUUUGGAGAGGUGUAUACAAGACAGCGAGUGCAAGGAUUGGGUACACAGGGAAAUUGUUGCCGCGCUACAAUCACAAUGCAACAUAAUCCCGAUCAUUGACAAUUUUCUAUGGCCGGAACCUGAAGAACUUCCUGAAGAUAUGCGCGCGGUUUGCCAUUUUAACGGUGUUCGUUGGAUUCAUGACUAUCAAGACGCCUGCGUAGACAAAUUAGAAAGGUUUAUGCGAGGUGAGAUACCUAUGAGAUCUGAUCUGUCCGGCGGAAUUCCACGCAGCAUGGCUCCCAAAGACGUGACCCAACCAAGCACACCGGGUAACACAAAUAUACGACAGCCGCCGAAUUAUCAGCGAAUGCACAGCAACGAAAGCAGGGGCAGCGACAAGGAUUCCACAGCCAAGAUUGCGAAUCGCUCUAUGACAAUCAAGACUAGACUUAGAAAGUCGUCGAGUCCAUCCCGUUGGUUGAUGGGCCUGCCACCCACGUCGCCGCGCUUCAAGUUCAUGUACACGCAUCCGAUGGGUGCCAACAACCAGGCAGUACCUCGUAGGCCACCGCGGCAGCUACCUUUACCAUCGACGCGAUCUCGCUCACUGGAAUUGCUGGAUCAACAGGACCAGGAGCAGAAGUCAAUCUCUUCCGCAAUCAUUCAACGACCACCACUUCCUAGACCAAGGUCACGCAGUCUGGACGGUUUGCUGGAUGAAGAUGUGAAGAACGGUGAAGAGCAGAGCAAAGAGCAAUGCCAGAAAAAUCGAGAAUGCCUUUCGAUGAGUUUGGAAGAAAGUAAAAUUGUACCUGCUUCAGAAGAGAGCCAGAAAAAACCUAAUACCGAGGCUGUCGAAUCCAAGAGUGAACUCAGAUUGAUUUGCAAGAUAAAGCCGCAAGUGCCCAACGAAUUCAAAUCUGAGACGGAAGACAAGCGAACGUUUUUGAACAAGAACGAAAUUGACAAGGAAGCUUUGCCAAUACGUCCUCCGAAACCGAGCCGACGUUCUAACUCAGAAGGACAGUCUUCAACAUGUUCCAACAAACAAUGCGCGGAACAUCCAAUGGAAGAACAGAGGAUCAAGAGGAUAGCGCAGGAGAGAUUGAAGAUACAGAGCGACAACGAAAAUGAUUAUAACAACGACGAGAAAUCGACGAUGUUGCUUAAGGCAUCAAGAAGCUGUGGUGCGGGAUUAGAUUCCGACGGGAGUGUCUCAUCAAGCGAAUAUGGGGGGCACAGAGCUCACCGUGCAAAGGGACCGGGUUCAUUGUUAUCACUACCGACGGGCGCGGAACCUAAGCGCAAACGGAACUUUAUGGAUAAGUGUGUGAAUAAGGUGCGGUCGUUCAUGAAAAAGUGAAGCAAUGAACUUCUUGUUAUUUAAUUCCACAAAUUAGUCGAAGUAAGGCGCGCUUGCGCAAACCCUAAUAAGUCCAAAUCAAAAAGAUGCUGUGACAAAUAACUGAAUA